AUGACGGACACCGUUGUAAACUCAAUAGUAGGUUGGAUUCCCACAUAUGUAAUCGAUCCUAUCAGAGUUAGGUUUCGUGUCUUACGAAAUCUUAAGGCGAACAUUGGAGAACUGGAAGCAGCAAAAGAGAAGCUCGCUGGGAGGAGAAAGGACGAACAAGUAAAAGUAGAUGAAGCAAAGAAGCAAGAAGGGGUUGAAGCAUCAGCAGACGCAGUUCGGUUGUUCUGUCAAGCCGAUAAAGCUGUCUCCGACGCCACCAACCUACAUACUGAAUACGAGCAAAGAAGAGGACCAUUUUCAUACUGCCUCUGCUGGUCAGGCUAUCAGCUGAGCAAAAGAGCGUCGAAGCUGAAGCAAGAUGUUGAGAAUUUGUAUGGAGAGGAACCAAGAUCUGGUUGGACGACCACUGCGGCUUCCACCUCGCAGAAAGGGAAGAAGCUGGACACCGUUUCUAUAGAGGGCCAAACAAGAAGAGAAAAAUUGAAGCAAGAGAUCAUCGAUGCGGUGGUGGACGAUAGGUAUGUUGUUGUUGGGUUGUACGGUAUGGGAGGUAUCGGCAAAACAACUCUCCUUCGACACGUCUAUGAGCACUUUCGACAGACCGAGCACUUCGAAUCCGUCAUUUUCACCACUGUUUCAGCCACACCAAAUUUCUCAGAAAUACGAAAAGAAAUUGCCGAAAGUUUGGGUUUGGAUCUGAAAGAAGCCCAGUUAGAUGACAAUGAUUUGAAAACAAAACUGUGUCGUCUUCUUGAAAGAAGGAAGUAUAUGUUCAUAUUGGACGACAUGUGGGAGCCUAUCACUUAUUUUAGUGAAAUCUGUAUCCCUACACCGAAGAAAGACAACGGCUGCAAAAUAUUAACGGCGUCUCGAUCAAAAGAAGUGGUAACAAGAUUUGCAACUAGUUUUGGACCAAAACGUUCUCUCCAACUGAUUUCAGUGGGAAACCUAGAACCAGGCGAAGCGUGGAAUCUUUUUGUUGAAAAAGUUGGUGAGGAUAUUACUUCCAAACCAGCAAUAAAGCCUCUUGCUGAGAAGGUUGUUAAAAAGUGUGAUGGAUUGCCGUUGGCCAUUGUUGUUAUUGGAUGCACAAUGUCAACACAAGAAACAGAGGGAGAAUGGAAAGACGCUGUACGUGAACUGGAAGAGUCAGUUUCAAAAGUUGAAGGUGUAGAAGAAAAGGUAUUUUCAAAACUCAAGUUCAGUUUCGAAAAAUUGGAACCAAUCCAACAAUCCCUCUUCUUGUAUUGCUGUCUAUUUCCCGAUGAUUAUAGAAUUCAUAAAGAUGAGUUACUUAAUUUUGUCAUUGGUGAAGAAACAUUGUGUGAUGAAAUGCAAAAGCUUGAAGAAAUGAGAAAUAAAGUUGACGCCUUGGUUGGAAAGCUUCUAAAUUCAUCUAUGCUUGAGGAUGGUGGCAAUGAAAGAGUUAAAAUGCAUGAUAUGAUGCGUGAUUUUGGUUUGUGGAUCGCAUCUCCUACAUCCAGUAACUACCACAUUUCAAAGCCACUUGCUGAAAAACCUAAGGCACCUGAUGCCAAAGAUUGGUGUAGAGCAACUAAGAUUUUCUUGGAUAUGGACUAUUUACCUCCAGUAUUGCCAGAUCAUUGUCCACAACUGCAUACAUUGUUCCUUAGAGAUUUUACUGGCAGUAAGGAGAUCCCCAAAGUGAACUUCCUGGAGCAAAUGCCUGCACUUGGAAUACUAGAUUUGAGUUAUUGCCAAGGAGUAAAGAAAUUGCCAUCUUCAAUAGCCGUCAAGCUUCGUGUUUUGUGCUUAAGUCACUGUCGGAACCUUCAAGAAUUACCAUCUGAAAUUGAAAAGUUGGAUCAACUCAUAUCAUUAGACUUGUCCGGUUGCGAGAGCUUAAGAAAGCUACCAGUGGGAAUGAAGAACUUGAAGAAGUUAAGGCGUCUGGACAUUUCUUAUGCUAAAAAUCUUAAGAGGAUACCAAGUGGGGUAUUAUCUGAAAUGCAUAUGCUAGAGUCAUUUCUCGCCCAUAAAAGUGGGUUAAAAUUUUACACCCAAGGCAUAAUGGAAUUGUCCCAAUUAACUUCUAUUAGCAAUUUGGAGGUCGAAAUAAAAAAAGUGAAGGAUUUCCAUUGGUUGAAGCCAUUAUUAGCUAAACUCAUAACUUGUCAUAUAUCCCUGUGGAAUUGCACUAUCGAUCCUUCUGUUUUGACGGACCUUCUACUAGAAGACUCUCCAAAUUUUGAUAGAAGCAUGAAUUUCAUGUCAUGUGAGGGUUUGACACUUCUUCCAACUCAUGGCUGGCGAAAGCUAACUGUACGACGUUGUCCAGAUCUCAAGACAAUACUCAACGUAGAGAAGGAAGCCAAGAAAAGGAUGAAUGCUUUUGAAAACUUAGAUCAUUUGUGCCUUGAUCGGUUAGAUCAAUUGGUGACACUAUGUAGUGGGGUUCCGCAGCAGCCUGGAUGCUUUUCUAAUCUCACACUUAUACGUAUAGUUGCAUGCCCUAAUCUGAUGGUACUUUUCACUACCGGUGUAAUACGGCUGCUAAAAAAGUUGAAGUGGUUAGUUGUGUUACGAUGCCCUAAAUUAGUGAACCUAAUAGUGUCAGAUGAUGAUGACGACGACGACGAUUUGGAACUCAUCAAUGCAUUUCCAAGUCUGAAGCUAAUGAACUUAUGCGAACUGCCAGAAUUGAAAGCCAUAUGCAGCAACCAUCAUCUUUUGGAUUUGAUGCAGUGGACCUCUCUCUCUAUCGCACAUGUUUAUCUUUGUCCUCAGUUGAGGAGUCCCUUUUUUGGAGAUCAACGUGGGGAUAUAAACUUAGAUGAUGAAAGGGACCGCAAGAUGACAAAACACUAUCUUGAGCAACAGAAAGAGGUACAUAAGAGUAAUAAGACUAAAUAG